ACAAAAUGGCCGGUGUUGGGGUUGACGAAUAAGAACAGUAACAACGGGGGUAAUAUGUAGUCAGAUGCAGCUGCGUGGUUGUGAAAGGAUAGUUCACGAUUACUGCAUUGCUCGAUUACGUGUUCAUGCUGCGUGGAGUAAGUAAAACGACGCGUGCCUGGCUGGCAUUCAGUUGACUCUCUUCAUAGUAGCUCGUGAUUUCGUGAGGACAAUGUGCUCGUAUCAGUUGCUGCAAGAAGGUGCAAUGCUGGUUCACGUAGCAUGUGUGACGAUUAUGUAAAUAGAUUUUAUGCUCUACGUCGCAGAGCUACUGUCCAAGAUUACGAGUUUUCGUCCAUUGAGAACACUUAACGGUACUCUUUUAAAAUCACGAAUUACGGAAAGAAGCAUGGAAGACAUAGUGAAAUCAUCGUGCGACACACGUGCUUACAGAGCCAUUAAGCUUGACAACGGGAUUACUGCUCUACUAAUUUCCGAUCAUAAGGCACGGCGGUUGUCGUCACUGUCUUCGUCCACAUCUCCGUCAAGGCAUUCGACAUCGUCACGAUCUUCGUCCCGAACUACGAGAAAUGGGCGUUCAACGCCAGGUGAAGAUUCGUCAGUGUCCCAUCAUGUACGAGUUCCAGCUGUUGAUUCUUCGUCUCCACCAAAAAUAAGUAUAGCAACAGCAAUCGCUAAUUAUCUCGCCCCUGCAAGCGGUGAAGGUGCUGUUCCUGAAAAGGGCCCCCCCGGGACGACUGUGUCUAGCAACACAGAUGGUAGUGCUGCGUCAAGCCAGUUUGGCAGUGAUGAUGAUACUUCAUAUGAUAGCGAUAGUGAUGAUGACAGUGGUCAUGGUAGUGAAACAGAGCCCAAGGACAGCAUUGUCUCAUCUCAUGGUAAAGCAGAAAGCAAAUCUCACAAGAUCAUGAAAGAGAAGAUGGCUGCAGCAGCACUUUGUGUUGGAGUGGGAAGUUUUCAUGAUCCAGAGCACCUGCAGGGACUUGCUCACUUCCUCGAACAUAUGCUGUUUAUGGGAAGUGAGAAGUACCCCAAAGAAAACUCAUUUGAUUCAUUCCUUAACAAGCAUGGUGGAAGCGAUAACGCAUACACGGAAUGUGAGAGAACCGUGUUUAAAAUGGAAGUGCACCAAAAACAUUUUGCACAUGCACUCGACAUUUUUGCUAACUUUUUUAUUGCUCCACUCAUGAGGAAAGAAAGUAUGGAUAGAGAAUUGCAAGCUAUCGACAGCGAGUUCCAGCUCAACCUUCCAUCAGACUCCUGCCGUCUUCAGCAGUUGCUGGGGAGCCUGUCUUGCAAAGGUCAUCCAAUGUGCAAGUUUAUGUGGGGAAACACGAGGACUCUGAAAGAGAUGCCUCAGAACGAAGGCAUUGAUGUCCAUGCCGAAUUGCGGAAGUUCUUUGACGAUCAUUAUAGCACGGAAGUGAUGACCCUCACUGUACAGUCAAGGUAUUCACUCGAUGAAAUGGAAGCGAUGGUAAAAGAAAGAUUUUCUCUUGUACCACAGCGUGGAGCAAAGCAGAAGGAACAGUUUAUAAACUUGUCCUCAGUUGUGCCAUUCCCAGCAGAGAACUUCAACAAAGUCUACAAGGUGCAACCAAUGAAAAAAGUAAAUAAACUGUCUGUCACUUGGGUGCUCCCAGCAAUGCUACAUGAAUACAGGGCAAAGCCACUUGACUACAUUGCUUGGAUUGCUGGCUAUGAAGGUCCUGGUAGCAUACUUGCUUAUCUGAGGGGGAAAUCUUGGGCACUUAGCCUUGUUGCUGGUAAUGAAGGUUCAGGUUUUCAGUUUAACUCGCUGUGCUCACUCUUUAAUAUCACUAUUUCCCUAACGGAAGAAGGCCUGAAGAAUGUCAAGGAAGUGCUAGUUGCAGUUUUCAGUUUCAUGAAUAUGGCACGACAACAAGGUCCCAGUACCAGAAUCUUUGACGAGAUAAAGACAAUAGAGGAGAACAACUUUCGAUGGUGUGAAGAAGAGAGCCCAAUAGACUAUGUUGAAAAACUUUGUGAGAGCAUGCAGUUGUAUCCCCCUGAACACUACCUGACUGGUGACAGCCUUUUUUAUGACUACAAGCCGGACCUCAUUCAGAAGUGCAUGGAUGACAUGAUUCCAGAAAAAGCUAAUAUAAUGAUCAUUUCCUGUCGAUAUCAGAAGCAGGGUAUCUGUACAGAGAGAGAAACUUACAUGGAAACCCAGUAUUCCAUUGAAGACAUUCCAGAGGACUGGAAAGCAGCCUGGUCAUGCAACCAGCAAGACCUUCAUUUUGAUCUUCCUCAGCCGAACAAAUAUAUAGCCACAGACUUCACCCUGAAGAGCGAUGUUCAGUAUCAGACUCAGUUUCCAAUAAAACUACAUGAAGAUGAACAUUAUCGCCUUUGGUUCAAGCAAGACAACAAGUUUAAUGUUCCCAAAGCUUGUGUGUACUUUCAUCUUAUUUCCUCUACACUGCGUACAUCGCCAGAAAAUGCUGUUCUUCUUGACCUUUUUGUGGAUGUCUUGGACCAGAACAUGAGUCAAGAAACCAACGCAGCUGAAUGUGCUUCUUUGGAUUUUGCUAUAUACGGCAAUGACACAGGUUUGGUUAUACAGGUUGAAGGGUUUAAUGAGAAACUUCCUGUGCUAUUUGAUGUCAUCUUGGACCACUUGGCAAAUUUUGAGGUGCAAGAAGAUCUUUUUGAAAACCUCAAGAAGCAUCUGCACAAGCAUUACUACAAUGAGUUCAUGAAGCCUUCGAAACUGUCUAGAGAUGUGCGGUUGGCAAUCCUUCAACAAAACUACUGGUCCCAUGUGGAGAAGCGUCUCUUGGAAAAGGAUGUUACUGUGGAUUCCUUGAGGAGCUUCGUUGAACAGUUUAGAAGCCACCUAUUUGUUGAGGGUCUGGUUCAUGGAAAUUUAACUGCUGAUGAAGCUUCUGCCAUGGCAGAGCAAGUAAUAAAAAAGCUGGCUUGCAAGCCCCUGCCACCAUCCAUGAUUCCAGAGACUCGGGUCAUGCAGCUUCCUGUUGGUAACCACUACUGCAGAGUGGCGUCAUUCAAUCUUGAAGACAAAAACUCUGUUAUAACCAACUACUAUCAAUUGGGACCUGGAGACGUAAGCCAGCAUGCCCAGGCAUCGCUUUUAAUCAACUUCAUGGAAGAGCCCUGCUUUGACAUCCUGCGCACCAAGUCACAGCUUGGGUACGACGUCAACUGUGUUAACAGGAAUACUUUUGGCAUUGUGGGCUUUACAGUCACAGUGUGUUGCUCAGCAAAGAAAUUCAGUUGUUCCUACGUUGAUGAGCAAAUUGAAGCAUUUCUGAAGACCUUCUCUUCAAAAAUCCAACAGUUGACAGAAGAAGAAUUUGCUACUCAGGUGUCUUCACUUAUUAAGCUUAAGAGUUGCUCUGACCUGUGCUUGCAAGAAGAGUCCAAUCGUUACUGGGCAGAAAUUGUGUCAUUUGGUUACCUCUUUGAUAAGUUACAGCGAGAAAUAGAGUUUCUCAAACGUCUGCGCUUGGAUGACUUCAAGAUGUGGUGCAGGGCCCUCUUGCCGUUUGAAAAUUCAGAGCAGUCACAAUGCCGCAAGUUGUCUGUUCAAGUUGUUGGAUACGGAGAAGCUGGGUUGUCAGAGUCCCAGCUACCUGGAUCAACUGAGCCAGUGCCCCCUCUGACGAGCCAAAGCAAUGUAUCUGACGCUUCUACAGAACGACGCGGCUCAUGUUUUCGCAGGUGUAUGGAACACAUGCACCACUUACAUCCUUGGAUGCAUCUGAAAAAGCCUGAUGAGACUGCAAAUGGUUCUGAAUCUAGCAGUGAGGAUGUCACCUAUUUGCUUCAGUAUCUCGAGCCUGUUAACAUGAAAGCGAAUGAAAUCUUCAUUGCAGAUGUGACAGCGUUCAAACAAGGCUUGAGCAUCUAUCCAUUUACGACUAUAAACUCUUAAGUGCCUCUGCUUGGCUUAGGAAAAAUAUCUAAAACAGUUGCCUUGUCUCAUUGUUUUUGACUGUGUGCUUUAAGUACGCUUUCAGCAGUUGUCAGUAAGGUACCAAUUAAAGUAGUCUGUUUUGAUUGCA